CUUAUGUGUCUCUCUUUUUUCUUGUUUCUGCUGCAAAUAUACUGUUCCUAGGUGCUUCUAGUCUCUCAGGGAAAGGAUGAUUCAAAGCUGGCCCACCAGGAAUGAAGUUCUUUAAUUUUAUUUUCCUCUGUGACUUCCACUCAAAGAAAAGAACAAAAACCUGACAAAGCUACUCUACAUUCACUGUGCAAACAAAAAUUUCAACAGAAAACAAAGCUGAGAAGAUGAAACCAUAAGCUUAUAACAUGAGUUUGUUUCUGUUUGUGAUGAUUUGCAGCUUUGGUUAAGCAUGGGAGCAAUGAUGAUCAAAGGCAAGGCUGUGGGGUCUGAUCUUUAUGCUUGUUUAGGAAUAGAUAAAUCUGGUAACUGGGUUCCAGGAGCUCCCAGAGUUUUAUCCCUUCUGUCUUCUAUCCUGGAAAGGUCCAUCCAGAGGAAUGAAAAGCUGGUAGGGGGAUCAAGGAGGAUGGAUGUUGUUACCAUAUUCCAUGGUACAAAAGCACCUGCCCUGGGCAUUAGACAGUAUGUGGAACGCAUCUUCAAGUACUCCAAAUGCAGCAAUUCUUGCUUUGUUGUUGCACUUGUAUAUGUCGACAGGUUCCUGGAAAGAAUGGGUGCUCAUCUUACGUCCCUCAACGUGCAUCGUCUCCUGAUUACAAGUUUCAUGGUGGCUGCAAAAUUUAUAGAUGAUCACCGUAUCUGCAGGUGUUACAACAAUGCGUAUUACGCCAAAGUGGGAGGAGUUAGCACAGAGGAAAUGAACGAGUUGGAGAUGAAGCUCUUAUUCAGUUUGGAUUUCAGACUCCAUGUCACGACCGAGGUCUUCAACAAGUAUUGUUUGAAGAUAGAAAGAGAAGGCGGUGUGGCUUACCAACCUAGUCAGCAAAUUCAAGGCCAUUUGCUCGGAGGUCGGCCGAAGAAAGAUGAAAACAAGCGAGGACCUAAACUUCCAGGUCACCGAGGCAGAGCCUGUUCUACCUAGGAGGGUCGAAGACCCAACAAUUUGAACCCCUCUCCUUCCUUCUUUAUCAUUGUUCGAUCAAACCCUGAAAAUUCAGAAAAAAGGAAAAAGAAGAAGAAGAUCCAAACAUAGAACAGAGGGAACUGGAAAUGCCACACCCGUGCCAGUAUUCAAUUGUAGCUCAACAUGUACAACAACAUAAGUCGUUUGACAGAAAAACAAUGAACAUAGCAACAAAAUGGUUAAAAUUCUGUAGCAAAAUUUUUUUUUUAUUGCACAACCCUUGCACAAUAACUCGUUCAAUCCUAUUUUUGCUUUCUCUUACUAUUCUACAGAUCAAACUCUUCCACCCCUAAAAUGACAAACAGAAUUUUGCAGUUUUUUUCUACAGAUGAAGAUUUUCGAUAUAACCCAGAAAAGUGGGCAGCUGCAAUUCGAUAAAGCAUGGCACAGCUAACUGUGUCUAGAAGAAGAUGACAUAAACCACAUUAGUGUCUUGCAGAUGGGAGAAUCCUCAUCCCUUAACUGGAGGCAUUCUUCCUUGCAGCAUAUACACGGUAAGCUGCCAAUCCGACAAUGGCUACAGCAGCUCCAACUGCAA